AUGCAACAAGAGCUUUCCGAGGUUUCAAAUAAUAUUCAACUAGAUAGCACUUCUCAAUCCCCUAAACCCCUCCGACAACAUGGCUUUCAGCACCAUGGUUCUAGUGGCAACGCCCAUGGCUCCCUACUGCAACAACAGUCUGGUGACAUGUCGCCGUUGUCUGCGCGGGGAGACGUCGGCGCUGGAGUUAGUGGAGAAAGCGUUGAUCCGGAUUCCCUCCAGAAACGUUUGCGCCGAUUGAACAACGCUCGUGGCGAGCCGGAUGCGAGGCGAUCUAAGGCCCUGGGCCAACGUAUAUCAGCAUAUGAGAGCGCAUUGACACCAACCAUACCGAGGCAAGCACUUGGAUUUAAGGUCAUUAAACGCGCCGAUGCGGGUUCUGACGGCGUUCAACUGUCUGAUUUCCCUAAUGAGAUUUUAACGCAUAUCUUAUCGCAUUUGCAUCCCGACUCGCAUGCAUCUGUAGCCUUAGUAUCGAAACGAUUUUAUUCGUUGGUCACCACCCCUCAUGCGUGGCGCAUGGCCUUCCAGCGGUUUUUUCCUGGACAGGACGCAUUGGUCACGGCUGUUAAGCCUCAUGGUAGAAUAUGGGACCAAGACGAUUCGGACCUCGUGCGUUCAGAAGUUCGUCAUUUUACGCGGCUUACACCACAUGCUUCCUGGCGUAGCGAGUAUCUUUUGAGAACUAGACUUCUCCGUAGUCUUGUUAGGGGCAAGCCGGGAUCGAACUCCGGAGGUAUCGGUUCUUCCUUGAGGACUAGCCAGUCCGGUAAGAAGGCAAGUGCGGUCUUGACUUAUAACACUAAAGCUCCGACACCAGUGACCCAUAUUCAUGCUACCUUUAACCCUGGUGGGAAGAAGCCGCCUAGGGUAGUUCAUGGCGCAUCGGAAAUGGGAAUCGCUAGUGCUAGCGAUCCUACCUGUGGCAAAGUUGAGAAAUGGGGUUUAGAUGAGAUAGGCUUUGCUCAAUUAGACGAAGUCGUGCCAUUUCUUUUACCUUAUGGGGUCGGCGAAGGUCCCGCUGCUGUUCCUAACGUCAUGGAUGUUAGCCAACCGUAUGGACUUGUUGCUGGAGAAGGGUUUCCCGGCGGUCGCGUAUUCUAUCGUUCAAGUAGUGAGUAUAGGGGCAAACAUCUUGGCCAAGAAACAGGACUCAUUGAGGCCCAUCCCGAUAUUCCAAAGAUCCCAGAGCUCUCUGAGAGCGUCUGUGCAGUCUGGAUCGCUAAAUCCUCUGCUCUUCCCUCUAUGACCCAAUCGUUGGUAGGGAUCAUGACCGGCUCUUCGUUGGGUGUCGUGACUUCAUAUGCGCUUGGUUACGAUCCUAGCGGCCCACGAUACGCCGCGGGUGAGAUGAGCGCCCGCUGGGUGCUCAGUCCAGGCGUGCCUAUCAUCGCACUCAAAGUUGAUGAAAGCUAUAGCCAGAAGCGUAAAGCUCUCGGUCGAGUGUGGGCAGUGGCUCUGAAUGCGUUGGGGGAGGUAUACUACCUAACACAACCCCCAAUUGCACCUACCAGCAAGACAAAAGCCGAUGAUACCGUCAAGCUCGCAUGGUAUACAGGUCGCUCGACAUCUUGGCAUCUGGUAGAAGCUAGUCGACGACAGGCGCGUAUGGAUGAGUUAGGUAAAAAUGCGGUCCGUGGGGCUUAUUCCCCAAGAUCGCCCUCGGAUAGCAUGGGUCUCACCAAAGACCAAAUGGCUGCAGAAGCUCGCGAGAUUGAAAGGUUUCUCCGUUAUAAACCAGCUCAUUUCCGCAAGGUAUGCCAUGGGUGGGAUAUGCGUCGAAAGCUUGAGGUGGAUUUCGCAAAUGAUGACGAACGUGGAGCCGGUGAAAGUGUAUUCAUCCUUGAUUGCGCGCUGGAGGAAGACCAAACUUCGGCUAUCAAGAGGUUCCAGCGAAGUAUUACAGGUCGAACCCAAUCUAGUACUCGGCCAGUUACCAGUCCGGAAUCCACAGUAGAGGUCGCCCCAGCUCCCUCUAUAUUCGGCGGCGACAGUAUGAGAUUACCUUCUCCAAAUUCGUCUGGUUCGCCGUUACUCAAGCAAGUAUUGUCAGCUUCGGAGAAGUCGUCUCCGCUAAAUAUGACUGGUACUGGGAAGUUAGAUCUGGAUGAUUGGUCUGAGACGUGCUUUUGCUCGAAAGAACUUGGCAAUACGCAGAUAACUGCGAGUAGCAUGGACACUUCACAACUUGCUCUAAUUGCUUCUUUUGAAGACCCCUUGAAAGCCACGGCGGGUUUAGCUUCGAGUGGCCCAUCAACGCCAACUAGGCAAGCUCCAUCAGAUAUUCCCGGUAGACGGGCGAGACUGUUCGGUGUGGGCACGAACAAGGGAAAGGUUAUACUGUGGAAUACGCGAGAACUUCAUACUGGUGACGGCGUACACCCCGUCAGAAUCAUCCAAACAGAGUCCCCUGAGAUUUCUUGCUUGGCCCUAUCGGCUCUUUACCUGGUGCAUGGCGGUACCGACGGGCUUGUCCAAGCUUGGGAUCCCCUAGCGUCUACAUUGGAGCCUCUGAGGACCAUCAAUUCUCGGUCUCCAGGCCGGAUGCCUCGCCAUUUACUCCUCACCAAUCCUGCGUCGCAUACUACAAAUUUCUCGGCUGUUGGGGCCAUCUACCUAGAUCCCGAUCCAACGGUCUUGCACGGAAUGGUGGCAUUCGGAACAUUUGUGCGCUACUGGGCUUAUAGUUCUUCAAACUAUACUACGGGGCGCAAGCGCCGGCAUCGCCAUUCUGAUAUUCAUGGUCGGGCCUCCGGUCGACGUCACGGCGGUGGCGUCGAGGGCUACAUUGCCGCCGAAGCUGAAGAACUACGAAAUGAGCAACAGCACAAGGAUCGAGAACAAGCUCGACUUCGCUCCCGCUUCGGCGUUGGCUUUGGGGAUUUGACAGAAGAGGAGGCUUUACGCUAUGCUGAAAUGAUGUCUCAGGAGUCCUUCCUUCUCGACAGGCAACGCCGGACAAGCACUAGCGACACAGGAUCCGCUGCAGAUUUCGAUACGACGUCUAGUUCUAACAGUACCGUCACCCCCGAUCCAAGCGUAACAGAUCCAAGUCCUCUGGCGGCUAGUUCUAGCGCUAAUAAUAAUAACACGGCGGACGAGAGUGACUACGAGCGCCAGAUUCAAGCCGCGAUUCGCUUGUCUCUCAUGGAGGGGGUCAACGACACGGGAAGUUCACCAAGGGCUAGUAGUUCUGGAGAAUACGCGGCUCCGAUUACGAUUAAGGAGAAGAGAAUCACGAAAUCUUCGUUCAGCAGCUCGCCUUCGUCGAGUCAUACCCCCGUCGUCAAACAAGCCGAAUCUCCGAGCUUCGCUGCAACAAGCUCCAACUCGGUUGCCGAUGACGAUCUGGAGUUUGCGUUGCAACUUAGUCUCGCGGAGGAAGAAAGUAGGAAGGCAAGCAUGGCGGCUUUGGAAGAUGUAGACGAUGAGUUUCCUACGCUCGGGGGAAGCGGGUUGGGGAAGGGGAAGGGGAAGGCUGUUUGA